AUGUCAUUGCCGAGUUCUUCUCAUUUAUCAACAAUGUCAUCAUCAUCACGAAUUGCUUCUUCAAAUUGUCAUAGUGCUUCUGCACCUGCAGAUUUUUCUCAAUCAUCAAUAU